GGGGAGGGCGGGCGGCCGUCGCGUUUCCCCCAGUGCCCCGGCCGGCGGCGUGUCCCCCCCCCCCCGGCACGGCCCCGCGCGGGGACAGGGCGUUCCCGCGGGCAGAGCCGCCCCAUGCUGCCCGCCGAGGAGCUGGUGGCCGCGGCCGCGGCGCUGGCCUGCCUGGGGCUCCUGGCCCGGCACCUUUGGGCGCGCAGCCAGGAGGAGGAGGAGGAGGAGGAGGAGGAGGAGGAGGAAGGCGCGGGGGGCUGCCGGCUGGUGUGCAAGCCCUCGGCGCUGGCGCAGCACCUGGGGCGCAGCCUGCGGCACUGCCCGGCGCUGCGGGGCAGCCGCUGGCACCGCUGGCCCCGGCUGCAGGCGCUGGGGCAGCUGCUGCUGCCGCCCGAGCCGCAGCCCCGGGCGGCCCGGGAGCACCUGGAGCUGGCCGACGGCGGCCUCGUGGCGCUGGACUGGGUGGCCGGGGGGGCCGCCGGGGGCCCCGUGCUGCUGCUGGUGCCCAACGCCGCCGGCAAGGUCACGCGGGGGCUGCUGCGGCUGGGGCGGCGGGCGCUGCGCCGCGGCUACGUCCCCGUCGUCUUCAACCGCCGGGGCCACAACGGCUGCCCGCUGGCCACCCCCCGCCUGCAGCCCUUCGGGGACCCCGGGGACCUGCGGCAGGCGCUGGCCUACGUGCGCUGCCGGCGCCCGGGCGCCCCGCUGCUCGCCGUGAGCGAGGGCUCCGGCUCGGGCCUGCUGCUCUCCUACCUGGGCGAGUGCGGCUCCUCCAGCGCCCUGGCCGCCGCCGCCUGCAUCUCGCCCGUCUUCCGCUGCCGCGACUGGUUCGAGGCCGCCCUGCCCUGCCUCUACGAGUGGGCGCUGCUGCUGCACCUCAAGCGGGGGCUCAGCAGGUACGCGGGUGCCCUGGCCGAGGUGGUGGACGUGGACAAGCUGCUGCGCAGCCGUUCGCUGCGGGAGCUGGAGGAAACCCUCUUCUGCGCGACCAAGAGCCGCCCCGUGAGCUGGGAGACGUACCGGGCCCGCAACGAGCCGCUGCGCGACGUGGACGAGGCGGCCGUGCCCGUGCUGUGCGUCUGCAGCGCCGACGACCCCGUACGGGGCCCGCCGGCCCGCACCCUGCCCCUGGAGCUCUUCCGCACCAACCCCUUCUUCUUCCUGCUGCUGAGCCCCCACGGCGGCCACUGCGGCUUCCCGCAGCAGGGCCCCGGGCGCUGCUGGAGCCACGGCGCCGUGCUCGACUACUUCGGCGCCGUGACCGAGUUCCUGCGCGCCGAGGAGCGGCGGAAGGGGCCGGGGCGCGGGGACAGGCGCCGCGGGGACGUGGCAGCCCCCGGCGCCCCGGGCUUCUCCUGGCAGAGGGCCUACACCCGCUAAGGGCAGGCGACCCCCCCCCCCCCGCGCCCCGUCCCGCUCCCACCGCCCCAGCAACGCGAGCAGACACUCCAUGUACUAAAAUUACUUUAUUACAGUUGAUUUUUUUUUAACAUUUCCUUUGCUAUGAUACAAAGGAUACUUACAAACAAAAUAUUACAUAUGACCUUAUUUUUUUUUUCCUUUCUCUUCUCUUAUUUUCUGACAACUUGGUAACAGCUUUAAAUGCACAAUCUAUACAAUUAAUACAGGUUAUAUAUGAGCUAUAAUGUAUGUUGAACCAGAAGAAUACCAGAAUACUGACAAUAUACUGUACAUUAAGCCUUA